CAUUUAAGUAAUAGAGCAUCUGCUCUGCUGUACACUUUCUCGCUUCUAAAGGGAUCCAAAAUACUGUACAUGCUGGCAAGUGUCAGAGGUGCGCAUUUGUAUUGCAGGGUAAUAUCAUGGGAUUCACGACAUUUUAUUUCCCCUGCAGAAGGAACAGAGCUGGUCCACAUCCCAUUCUUUCUGCACACCUUCCAGUCUCUGGUGCUGCUUGGCAGUAACAAGGCAGGUUCUGCUGCAUUUUCCCCUCUGCAGCUCCUCAAGGUAUAGCAGACCUUGCAAUAAAGAUAAGCUCAUAUGCUCCCUGGCUUGCACCACGUUUGAGUCCCAACAGUAACAACUCUGACUGCACACUGGAGCAGGCAGGCAAACAGUCAGGCAGGGAAUGCAAAACCAGAUCGUGUCUUUAAGGUGCUUAACAGGCGAGUCAGCCGUUUGGUAUCUGGAGCCGGAGCUGACAGGAGCUGAAAGGGGUGUUUUGUGAAUUCUUGCUGUGUUUGCAUCCUGAGCAACUUCAUCAAUACUGCAUGCAGCGAAGAACUGGCAAGGAUCCCUGCUGCAAUCCUGGGACUGAUUGCCAGCGAGCAGCCCUGUGUUUUUUUACUUGGAGGAUGUAUGUGCGGGUGUGAGCUGUACGACUGCAAUAAGAAGAAGAAAAAGAAGUAAAGAAGAGCAAAAAAAAAAAAAGAACUCGGGACAUCUUGCUCAGUCAGGGACGAGAGAUCUGGGGGAACCUAUACUAGCACGCUAACAUCCUCAGUGGGACAGGCUGAGCACUGGAAAGGUUAAACGGAUCUUAAUGCACCUGCUCCUAAUACGCAUGGGCUAUGAAGAAAAUCUGAUGUCUAAGAUGGCUGGCCCAGACCUGCAGUUUUCAGGAAGAACCUGCAAGCACUGUGAUUCCCCCGGCACCCUCUGGCUUGCUAGGAGUGACUGAUCUCUCACUUGUAGAAGUCUCCAGGGUACUUGUUUCUUCGCAGUAAUCUUUGCCCAUCAUGGGAGGAUGUUUCUCCAAACCCAAACCAGUCGAGGUUAAGGUUGAAGUUGUGGUCCCCGAUAAAGAAAAGGAAACCGAAAAAAUGUCUCCCAACGGCAAGGCCAGUCCAUUGGCAAACUGCAGGCCGAAUGGGACAGCCAAACACUUCCAUGAUGAUGACAAGUCCAUCACCUUGAGUCCAUACCAAAACCCCAGGGACUUUGUGGAGGCAGCUGUUUGUCACGUCAAGGACUUGGAGAAUGGACAGAUGCGAGAAGUGGAUUUGGGCUGCGGAAAGGCUCUGCUGAUAAAAGAACGUGGCGAGUACUGUGCCAUUGGGCACAAAUGCCCACACUAUGGAGCGCCGCUGGUAAAAGGUGUUCUGUCGAAGGGCCGUGUGCGCUGCCCCUGGCAUGGCGCCUGCUUCAGUACUGCGACUGGAGACAUAGAAGACUUCCCAGGGCUGGACAGCUUGCCGAAGUUUCAGGUUAGAGUGGAAAAAGACAAGGUGUAUGUUCGAGCAAGCAAGCAGGCUCUCCAGUCACAAAAAAGGACAAAGGUCAUGACAAAAUGUACUGCACUGAGCAACUAUAGCACUGGCUUCAGCAAUGUCCUCAUCAUUGGAGCAGGUCCAGUUGGUCUGAUGUGUGCUGAGACAUUGAGGCAGGAAGGUUUUUCAGACCGUAUUGUGAUGUGCACUGCAGACAAGCAUCUGCCCUAUGACAAGCCUAAAUUGAGUAAGUCUCUGGAGAGCACUGCAGAGCAGCUCAAACUCCGAUCCCUGGAAUUCUUCCAGACACAUGAUAUAGAGUUACUCAAAGAAAAGGAGGUAGUGUCAGUGGAUGUUAAGAUAAAAACCGUCACAUUCCAAGAUGGACUGAAAAUGGAAUACAGCAACCUGCUCGUCGCCACGGGUAGCAAACCCAAGCUUUUGAACUGCAAAGGAAAAGACGUGGAAAACGUAUUUUACCUCAGAACCCCAGAAGACGCCAACCACAUAGCCAAACUGGCAAGCAACAAGAAUGCUGUCGUAGUUGGAGCAUCAUAUGUGGUGUGCUGGCUCAUGCUUGUCUCAGGAAUGGAGGUGGCUGCCUACCUUGCUGAGAAUGCCCACUCGGUCUCAGUGAUUGGACUGGAGGCUGUCCCGUUUCGAAAGGCUCUGGGAGAGAAAGUUGGAAAAGCUAUAAUGAAGAUGUUUGAAAAUAACCGUGUUAAGUUCUACAUGCUGAAUGAAGUAGCCGAACUAAGAGGACAUCUUGGCAAGUUAAAGGAAGUUGUUCUGAAUAGCGGAAAGGUCCUGAGAGCAGAUGUUUGUGUAAUUGGUGCAGGGUCAGUACCAGCAACAUCUUUCUUGAAACACAGUGGUAUACACAUGGACUCCAAAGGCUUCAUCACAGUGAACAAGUUAAUGCAGACCAAUGUACCUGGGGUCUUUGCUGGAGGAGAUGUGGUCACUUUCCCCCUGUUUCUCCGUAACAACAAAAAAGUCAAUGUGCCCCACUGGCAGAUGGCCCACAUGCACGGGCGGAUAGCUGCUCUCAGCAUACUUGGGUGUCCAUUGGAGAUCAACACCGUGCCUUACUUCUGGACAGCCAUGUUUGGGAAAAGUAUAAGAUACGCAGGUCAUGGAGAGGGAUUUGAUGACGUGAUUAUCCAAGGAGAUUUAGAUGAACUUAAAUUUGUAGCAUUCUACACAAAGAGUGAAGAGGUCGUUGCGGUUGCGAGUAUGAACUGCGAUCCUAUCGUAUCCAAAGUAGCGGAGGUCUUUAAAUCGGGCAAGGCUAUAAGAAAACGAGAUGUGGAGAUGUUUGCACGGCAUGGCAAGACAGGGGAUAUGUCUUGGCUAAUUGGGAAGGGAACACAGUAGAACGUGUCUCACAUCCUGUUCGCCUGUUCACCACCGAAUGGUGUUGAGAGGGAAUGGCAGCUAAGCAGUUUUCGAAGUCUUCGUGGAAGCUCUGCUGUGUGCUCCAGCUCACUGUAUUUCGAUCCACCGACAAGACCUUUCUGACCUGUUACAUUUUGGAAGGUCGAAUGAUUUUCACCAGGGCAGGCUCGCAGCUGCCCACUUCUUAUUCAACAUGGGUGUCAACUGUGACAAAAUUGUACAUAUUGUAAAAACUUGUAUAAAUGAACCAAAACAUUUUUAACAGUUACCAUGUAAUUAUUGCUUAUCUAGUGGAAGACCUGUUUAUUUUGCACUUUGGGCUGAAUUAACAAGCAAAACUGGACGCAAUCCCCGAGUUUGUGCAUGAUGUACCCAUCUGUACAUUUUGUGUACAGGGGUGAAUAGGGGGAGUGGUCCCUUUUAUUAAGUGCAGCUUUGGACAUUAUUCUCAUCUGCACUCUCACCUAACCGGAAUGUAAAACUCACAAAGAUCCUUGCCUGAUUAAAUACAUAAUAGCUUGAAUGGAGAUCAGGCUUCCUGGAUUUAGGACUGGCUUUGUUUAAAGGUGUAUUUAUAUCUUUGUUUUGUACUUGUCUCAAAUGUAUUUUGCAUUCUGGACUAGACAUCCAGUGCCAACAUCUUUAGAAGCCAUAAUGACACAUUCCACUAGAAUGAAAAUAUCUCACAGCAGUGUUAUAGAAAUAUUACUGUGAAUGUGAAAAACACUUUUCUUUUAAAACUAUGUAAAGCUUAGAUUGUGCAAAACAAUGCAAGAUCUGUGUAACUGAAAACAAACUUCCCAGGUGUAUACUCAUUUUCUCUCCGAUAUUAGAGCAUGGUUACAGAGUCCAAACCUAGUUUGUCUUGUAUGCUAAGAGACCGUAGCACAUUCACUUUUUAAAAUGAAUAUAAAUGACUUACUGCAAUUAAAUGAUUUGGUAGACCUGCUUGUAGACUGCAUAAAUUCUAUAUUUAAAAAUAAUGUAAUGCACAGCAUAGGUUUGCAUUUUAUGAUAGGAAACAAACAUGUAAAGAAACUUCCAUUGAUGAAAUAAUUGCUCUAAAAAAACAGAUACUUUGGUAGAUGUGGCUUCUUUAUGAAACCGUGUUACUAACUCAGGGAGCAAACGUUUUAGAUGUCUGGCUAUUUUGGAUUUGUUCCUCCAAAAAUAAAUUUGUUGCUUUUAUUUUCCUACCACAAUGCUGUGCAACUGAUUACACCUGGUAUGUCAAUUAAAAAUUAAGUCUCAUUUACAUCAACAACAGUCCGGAGACCCAAUUACACAGGCUGUCCAGGCUUUUCUGGUAUUGCCUGGACAGAUUUGAGGGCAGUAACUUGCUCAAAGGUAUAGUAUGAUAGAUGAGCACCUCCACUCCGAAUUUGAACCCACUACAGUCUACUCAGGAGUCUAGACUCAUAUCACUGCUCUACACUAUUGACCAGAUUAAAUUUUAUGCAGAACAAAACAACCAAUUGCCGUUCCAAAAUAUUAGUUUUAUGUCAUGCUGUGUAAGACAACUACACUAAAGCACGGCAAUUUUUGUUUAUUGUCAAAGGAAUUUCCUGUUUUACCAUGUCAGUGGUUCACAUAAUAAAAAUGCACACUUCAAAAACUAAAAACCGCAAUACAAUAAUACUGGGUGUUACUUGAUUCAGCUCUGCUUUCAACAUGAAAGAUUUCAAUUGCACCUCACUGUUCCUCCAUGAUGCUGUGGGAAUUCACCUGAAUAAUAAAGAAAAUGACUGCUGUUCAAGGUUUAAAACAUGUUUUGCAAAACCCAAGUGUGCUUUUAAAUAGAACAAAGUGCAUAGAGAGCCAAAGGAUACAAAUUUAAGUUUAAUAACCUGAUAUUUGAGAAUACAAGUAAAACUAGGCAAAAGGUUUCCUUUUAAAUUUUGGAAAAGAAAGGGCCAAUGUGAAAUGAUAGAAGCAAAAAGUGCAAUUAGAUUGGAAAGACAAAGGCAACAAUGGUACAAGUAAAUGUUGUAACACAGCAUUCCAAUAUUAGCAACUGCGAGAAAGACAGCCUAGAUCUGUGAAAAUGCCAAAGAUUUCAAAAGAUUUAUUAUAAAAGUCUGAAAAAUGUAUACAAACAUAUAUAACCAUAGAAAGUUAUAAAAGCAAAUGUAACUUUAAACAAAAAA